AUGCAACAACUCUACCUUGUCGUCUCUGUGUACUUCUCCGGAGACAUGGUGCGUCUGAUGCUGGUGCUGGCGCCAGCAGUGUGCAUCACAGCGGACAUCUUAAUCAGCGCUCUCUUGGACGUCCUCACUCCCUCUGUCCUUUCACCCCUCGCUCCCUUGCUUCUCUCUCUGUCUCUCUCCCACUUCCACAUUUCCUCCUUUCAGGUGCGUCUGAUGCUGGUGCUGGCGCCAGCAGCGUGCAUCACGGCGGGCAUCGCAGUCAGCGCUCUCUUUGACGUGCUCACUCGCUCCGUCAAGGCCUCUAUAGCCGAGCUCAUCGACCUGGCAUAUGCUGCUGCCAAGCAGGACAAGGGGGAGAAGGAGGAGGCUGCUCCUGCUGCUACUGAGGCCUCUAUUGCUGACCUCAUCGACCUGGCGUAUGCUGCUGCCAAGCAGCACAAGGGGGAGAAAGAGGAGACGACUGUUGCUGCUGCAGCUGAGGCGAGAGGGAGGGAGAGAAAGGAGGAUAUGAUGUGCAGUAUGUCCGUAUGUGAGGCCACCAGCAAGACUGGCGAGGCGAGCCAGGCCAAGGAGCGCAAGGCAGGAGCGGGGAAGAAGAAGAAGAAGGGCAGGGAGGGCGAGGGGGAGGGGGGGGAGUCUGACGAGGAGCCUGCAGGGGGGGCUGCGGGCGCUGGGGGGAAGAAGGGGGUGAAGGGGAAGGGGAAGGGGAAGGGGGCGAAGGAGAAGGAGAAGGCGAAGGGGAAGUUUCCGCUGGUGGUGCCGGGGGAUGCUGCAGCGGUGGGCAUCAUUCUCAUGCUCGUUGGUCUCGCCUUCUACACCUUUCUGCUGGUGGUGCCGGGCGAUGCCACAGCGGUGGGCAUUAUCCUCAUGCUCGUGGGUCUUGCCUUCGACACGAUGCACUGUGUGUGGGCGGCAGCAGACGCGUACUCAGCGCCUUCCAUCGUGCUCUCCUCUCCCACCAACGAUGGAGGGCAAUACAUUUUUGAUGACUUCCGUGAGGCGUAUGGGUGGCUGCGCCACAACACGGACGUUAACGACAAGGUGGGUCCCCUCCCACCAACAUCUGUUGUUGUGUGUGUACCGUCAGUAGCACUGCUUCUAACUAGUGCCAGCACUGCCACCAACCACGGCGGGCAGUACAUCUUUGACGACUUCCGUGGCAUAUGGUGGGACUAUGGCUAUCAGACAACAGCCAUGGCGAACCGCAUGGUGAUCGUGGACAACAACACGUGGAACAACGUGAAAUUAGAAGUGGCAUCGUGGUGGGACUAUGGCUAUCAGACAACCGCUAUGGCGAACCGCACGGUGAUCGUGGACAACAACACGUGGAACAACACGCACAUUGCCACGGUUGGCAUGGCCAUGUCAUCGCGGGAGAAGGACGCGUGGGCGAUUUAUCGCUCCAUCGAUGUGAAAUACGUCUUUGUUGUGUUCGGAGGCAUGGUGGGCUAUCCCAGCGACGACAUCAACAAGUUCCUGUGGAUGGUGCGGAUUGGAGGCGGCGUGUUUCCGCGAAUCAGGGAGCCCGAUUACCUGAACAACGGCAACUACCGGGUGGAUGGUGAGGCCACCAGCACCAUGCUCAACUGUCUCAUGUACAAGCUCUCCUACUACAGGUUCGCAGAGGUGGACGGGAGGGGCUUUGACCGAGUGAGGCGCACUGAGAUAGGCAAGAAGAACAUCAAGCUCACGCACUUUGAGGAGGUGUUCACUUCGCAGCACUGGAUGGUCCGCAUUUAUCGCCUCAAGGAGCCCAGAAACCGGCCUCGAGGGGCUGGCAAGAGGCUCACACGUGUCUCCGCAAUCCACAUCCAGAGAGAGCGUAGCAGCCGGGUGCAAGCAAACCCGAGUGACUGUGUCUCGUGUUCGCUGGUCGAUUUCCCGGCUUGCCUGACACCCAUGGCGUUCUCGCGGAGUCUAUUUCGGGCAGCAAACGUCGUGAAGAGGAGCCAGAAGGAUGGGAGUUUCUCGCGGCUCUUUAACCAGGCAUUUCGCCCAUUGACCACGGAGCUGCACGCGAAGCUGCAGGAGGUGGUGCCGCAGCAGCAGGAGCGGAUUCGGCAGAUCAAGUCGCACUACGGCAACCUGUCCAUGGGCAAGGUCACCGUCAACAUGGCGAUCGGAGGAAUGCGAGGGGUGAAGGGGUUGGUGUGGGAGACGUCACAGCUCGACCCCGAGCAGGGCAUCAAGUUCCGCGGGUACAGCAUCCCCGAGUGCCAGCAUCUGCUGCCCAAGGCCGUGAUCGAUGGCGAGCCCAUGCCCGAGGGGCUGCUCUGGCUGCUGCUCACCGGCGAGGUGCCCACCAGAGAGCAGGCGGCCACAGUGACGCAUGAGCUGCACGAGCGAGCCAAGAUGCCUGAGUUCGUGCACACGGUGCUGAACGCCCUCCCCAGGGACAUGCACCCCAUGACGCAGCUCUCCAUUGGCGUCAUGGCGCUGCAGAAGGGCAGCCGCUUCGCCCGCGCGUACCACGAGGGCAUGCCCAAGAGCAAGUACUGGCACCUCGCUUACGAGGAUGCCUUGGAUCUGAUUGCUACUCUGCCCCAGGUAGCGGCGCACAUCUACCGGCACACCUUCAAGGACGGCAAGAUCAUUCCGCCCAACGAAAAGCUUGACUACGCCGCCAACUUCGCCCACAUGCUGGGAUUCAACGACCCGCAGUUCCACGACCUCAUGCGCCUCUACCUCACCAUCCACGCGGAUCACGAGGGAGGCAACGUGAGCGCGCACGCCACCCACCUGGUGGGCAGCGCCCUCUCCGAUCCCUACCUCUCCUUCGCUGCUGGCCUCAACGGUCUCGCGGGUCCUCUCCACGGCCUUGCUAACCAGGAGGUGCUGCGGUGGUUGGAAGAAGUCGAGGCAGACGUGGGGGAGGAAGCAGGCAAGGAUGAGCUGAGGGACUUUGUGUGGCGCACGCUGCAGAGCGGCAAGGUGGUGCCGGGCUAUGGCCAUGCUGUGCUGCGGGUGACCGAUCCGCGCUACAGCUGCCAGCGCCAGUUCGCGCUCAAGCACCUGCCCCACGACCCCACCUUCAAGCUGGUAUCCAACCUGUACGAGGUGGUGCCCCAUAUUCUCCUCGAGACGGGCAAGGUGAAGAACCCCUGGCCCAACGUGGACGCGCACAGUGGCGUGCUGCUCCAGCACUACGGGCUCACCGAGGCCAGCUACUACACCGUGCUCUUUGGCGUCUCACGAGCCAUGGGAGUGCUCUCUCAGCUCGUGUGGGAUCGUGCCCUGGGCUUCCCCAUCGAGCGCCCCAAGAGCAUCACGCUGGACUGGAUCGAGGAGUUUGCAUCAGACAAGGCGCAUAAGGAGGAGCAGCACGCGCACGAGCACAAGCACUAG